AUGUCCAAUAGACAUCUUUUCCACUCAUCUGACGGCCUUGUCAACAAGGCCUUAAGAGGCAUCAUCACCUACAAUCCUUCUCUCAGUCUCGAUGAAGCCAACAAAGUUGUAUAUGACACAACAUACGACAGAUCCAAAGUUGCUCUCAUCAGCGGCGGUGGCUCUGGACAUGAACCAGCAUGGACAGGCUAUGUAGGCAAGAACAUGCUUACGGCUUCUGUUCAGGGAGACAUCUUUGCUAGCCCUAGCACCAAGCAAAUCCUUGCCGCGGUAGACGCAGUUCCCAGCGACAAAGGCACCAUCCUGGUCAUUACGAAUUACACAGGUGACUGUCUACACUUUGGUUUAGCCAACGAAAAGGCCAAUGCCAAAGGACACAACUGCCGGACAAUCAUCUGCGGCGACGAUGUAUCCGUAGGCAAGAACGGAAGCAUGGUUGGUCGCAGAGGUCUGGCCGGUCAAAUCGGCGUCCUCAAGAUUAUGGGCGGCGCUGCAGGUGCUGGAGGCUCACUUGAUGAAGUAUACAACCUCGGCGUGGCAUUCUCAGAACAGAUUGUAUCCAUUGCGGCUACUCUUGAUCACUGUCACGUUCCUGGUCGCACUCAACAUGGCAUGUUGCAUGAGAAUGAGCUUGAGCUGGGCACCGGUCCUCACAACGAGCCUGGCUACAAGAAGUUGUCUCCUGCACCGUCUGCGUCCGAGCUCGUUGAGCAAAUCUUACAAUACUGUCUGGAUGAGAAGGAUCCUUUACGAGGCUACGUGAAGUUUGCUCCUGGCGAUGAAAUCAUGUUACUAGUCAGCAACUUUGGCGGCAUGUCACAUCUAGAGAUGGGCGCUCUGGUAGACGAAAUUCUGGAGCAGCUUCAGAGCAACUGGAAUAUUGAGCCAGUACGGAUAUGUGCCGGUUUUCUCGAAACAUCCCUUAACGCCCCUGCUUUUUCGGUAUCUGUCGUCAACGCCACAGCAGCAGCAAAGAAUUGCAGUUACUCAGUGGAAGAUAUCAAGUCUUUCUUUGACGUCAGGACUACAACUUUUUGGGAGUCCAUGGCCGGAUCUCAGGCUCAGCGACGUACAAGGCAACAACAGCUCGUUGCACCACCCAAGGAAGAGAUCAAGUCUGUCGACGAACGAAGAGACUUGGCAGUCAAUCCAAUCCUCUUGGAAAAUAUGCUUCGAAACGCAUGCGAAGCUCUUAUUAAAGCCGAGCCUGAUCUUACCAAGUGGGAUACAGUCAUGGGUGACGGCGACUGUGGAGAGACUCUCAAAACCGGUGCCACAUCUUUGCUAACGGCGCUUGACUCUGGGCUGGCCAAGUCAGGGUCAGUUGUCAAAGUUCUUCUGGAACUCGAAGAUAUUGUGGAGAGCAAGAUGGGUGGUACUUUGGGCGGCAUCCUUGGCAUCUUCUUCGUCUCCUUACGAACCGCCGUCGAGAAAAACGUUGAGUUGGCUCAGGACCCAAUCCUCCUUUGGGGUACUGCCCUUGCGAUUGCCUUGGAUAAUCUUAGGCGCUACACUCCUGCCAAAGUAGGGGACCGUACCGUAAUGGACACCCUGAUCCCCUUUGCCGCUGCCAUGGCCAAGUCAGACUUUAGCAACGGCGUCAAGGCCGCGGAGGAUGGGGCGGAUGCAACAAAGACGAUGAAGCCUAGGCUAGGCAGAGCAACAUAUGUUGGGGUUUCAAGCGAGAACCAGGAGCUGCCUCCUGAUCCUGGUGCUUGGGGAGCGAUGGUUGCUAUUCGAGGCUUGCAAGGUGGACUGGUUGGAGCAACAUAG